AUGCAUGCUCGUGAUUGGUUUCUAGUAUUCAUCUCUGUGUUUCUGCCCCCAGUUGCAGUUGCAUUGAAGAGGGGUGUUUUCACCAAAGAUACAUUACUAAAUCUACUGCUGUUUCUACUGGGAUACUUCCCUGGUCUGAUCCACGCUUUGUAUAUCAUUAGCAAACAUCCUUACCCAAGCCAUGGCGGUGGGUUGACGCGUCCAAACGACGGCUACGGGUCUCUAAGUUAG